AUGGAGUACCUUUCAAGUCAUUUCUUUGUCCAUAAAGAUCUGGCAGCUCGAAAUAUAUUAGUUGGCGAACAACUACAUAUUAAAAUCUCUGACCUUGGACUUUCUAGAGAAAUAUACUCAGCUGACUAUUACCGGGUACAAAAUAAAUCUCUUCUUCCAAUUCGAUGGAUGCCCCCAGAGGCAAUAAUGUAUGGAAAAUUCUCCACCGAUUCGGAUAUUUGGUCUUAUGGAGUGGUUCUUUGGGAAGUUUUCAGCUUUGGUCUUCAGCCUUACUACGGCUUCAGCAAUCAAGAAGUUAUAGAGAUGGUCCGAAAGAGGCAACUCCUUCCAUGUUCUGAAGACUGUCCUCCCAGAAUGUAUAGUCUGAUGACAGAAUGUUGGCAGGAAAUUCCCUCUCGGAGACCGAGGUUCAAGGACGUUCAUAUGAGACUAAGGUCAUGGGAGGGACUUUCAAGUCACACAAGUUCAACUACUCCUUCUGGUGGUAAUGCUACAACUCAGACAACGUCUCUGAGUGCCAGCCCUGUUAGCAACCUAAGCAAUCAAAGAUAUCCAAAUUUGUUUUUCUCUCCCCAAGGUAUGCCACAGGCCCCAAUUACUGGCUUUAUUGGGCCUCCUAUACCUCAAAACCAGAGAUUCAUACCAAUCAACGGGUACCCUAUCCCACCAGGAUAUGCUGCUUUCCCUGCUGCUCAUUACCAACCACCAGGGCCUCCAAGAGUCAUCCAGCAUUGCCCGCCUCCAAAGAGCCGCUCACCAAGUAGUGCCAGCGGGUCAACCAGUACGGGUCAUGUGACCAGCUUACCGUCUUCCGGAUCCAACCAAGAUGCCAACAUCCCUUUGCUAUCCCAUAUGUCUAUGCAAAGCCAUCCGAGCAGUAUAGGAGUACAGUCCUUUGGAUGCAAAGGGAACAAAUCUUACAAAGUGGACUCUAAACAGUCAUCGUUAUUAGAAGAUUCUGAUAUUCACGGACAUAACGACUCAAUGAUUUCUGCAGAAUUGUAA